AGCUGAGCAGAUAAUUGAAAGGUUUCUGUCCGACUAGCUGAAACUAGUUGGGAGAACACAAAGGAGGAGAUAAGGGGAGCAGAGCACUGCUGGCUGAACUCAAUUCAGAGUGAGGAGGCUGUGAACAGAGGCAACCAAGCAGGAUGGAAUUGCGAGCUUUGUGUGUCAUCGUCUUGGUGGCAAUCCUUGCCGUCAGCUCUCAGGCCGCCAAGAAGAAAGACAAAGGUAAAAAAGGCGGAUCGGACUGCUCAGAGUGGAAGUGGAGCCCUUGUGUCCCGAACAGCAAGGAUUGUGGUGUGGGAACUCGGGAGGGGACAUGCAAAGAGGAGACAAGCAAACUAAAGUGCAAAAUUCCAUGCAACUGGAAGAAACCCUUUGGAGCUGACUGCAAGUACAAGUUCAACAACUGGGGAGAAUGUAACACUGAGACUAAUGUAAAGAGCCGCACUGGAACCCUGAAGAAGGCCUUGUACAACGCAGAAUGCCAACAAACCGUUGAAGCUACCAAACCCUGCUCCGUCAAAGUCAAGACCAAAUCCAAAGGUAAAAAGGGAAAAGGCAAGGACUGAAGACUGAGAAGAUGAAGCAGCACAAUUUUCCAGUGGGGUUUACAACCCUAAAGAACAACCGAGUCAACAAGUGCCCUUUGCAGUCUGUCUUCAACAUGCAAUCUUCUGCCCUCUCCCCAUUACCCCAAGAUUUCUAUUUUUAAUCACUAAUGUCUUUUAGGAAGAAAAAAAAAAGAAAAAGAAUGUAUAAAUAAGAUACAAUCUCUCCUCUCACAAAA